UGGAGGUUCAAGGCCUGGACUUCACUUCGCCCGGUUCGGAGUCCGAGUCCGAGUCCGAGUCCGAGUCCGAGUCCGAGUCCGAGUCUGAGUUGGAUGUAGCAACCAGGAGUUUCUCCAGCGUCGGCACUAGGCGGCGCAACGAGCUUCGUGAAAGGCUCGAGAGCAAGCAACGGCGGGUAUGGGAGUUGAGACAUGCCAUGGCUAGGAAACGGCGGGACUUGCAGGGACUCAGACAUCGGAAGGACGACAUGGACAAUGCUUUCAUGCAGAUCUUCAGACCGCACCUGACGGCCAACAACAAGAGUCGGGUCGCCGUCAUCGCCCUCGAGCUCCUCAGCGAAAGGCUGGCCGAGAUGCAAAGCAUCAGGGACGAGUAUUACACGGCCGAGGCGGCUUACGAGGCUAUGGAGUCCGAACUGGACAAAGAAGAGUUGGCGCUCCAAAUGCUGGAGGCCGACCUGACUCGCACCUCCCGGGGCCGCCUGAAGGUCGAGCGCCGGGGCCCAUUGCCGCCGCCGCCACCAACGAUGAAGGGGCCCGGCACAGUUGAAGCCAGGACAAAGGAGAAACCGCUGGAUAGCAAGGACAACGCCGCGCCAUCGCCCUUCAUUCUCCUCGGCAUACCAGCGGAUCGGCCCGAAGACAUCCAUCCCCUUUAUCAGGAGCUGCUGGAGGCGGCUGGAGACCGCCAGCUCGCUGAGGAGUACGUCGAAGAACUCGAGGGGCACCGGGACAAGAUCCUGUACGACCUCGAAAUUGAACUCCACCGAAAGCGCGUGCGCGAGGACCAAGGCAACCAAAUCAGUGAAGAGGAACUGCAGACGGUCCGGUCCUCUCUUGCUAGGGCUCCCACCGAUGCGAGAGAAUUCGAGGCCCGCUUCGGCAUCACCAUCACGGAAGACGAGCUCGAAUUCCUGCGCGACUACGAGGUCGCCUCCAAGCGCGCCCGCAAGGCCCUCGAAUCGGCUACGGAGACGCUCACCCACCUCCGCAACAUGUGCAUCAAGAAGGGCGUCAUGCGCAAGCAUGCCUCGUACCACGAAGAACUGGCCAUCUUCGCCGGCAGCCCAGGCUGGUCGCCGCACCCGCUCGACGGCAACAUGACCAUCGACCCACCUCCCUCCAACCGCGACAGUACGACCACCACUACCCCACCAGCGCCAUCCCUCGCCCACCCGCGCUUCCCCAUCCUGCUCUCCAACCCGUCACACGUGCUCGAGCUCCUCACGCCCGUGCAGGCGCUCGAGCGCGCGCUGCGGCUGCCCAAGGACGAGCCGGCCGCCGCGCUGCGCCGCGCCGAGUGCAUGAAGGAGCUGGGCAUCAGCACGCUCAUGACCAAGGCUGAGAACACGCCCGACUUCAUCAACCAGUGGCUGAUCCACCGGCUGCGCACAUCGCCGCUCGAGGCCGAGCUGCUGCUCACCGUGUGCGAGGCCGCUUUCCGUGUCGUCAACCUGCGCCGCUGGCAGGAGGAGGUGCUGUACUACUGGCGGAGGGACGGGGCUGCUGCCGGGGCCGCGUCCACGGCGCCGGGGGAGGUGGUGGGCGGGCAGGAUGGGGGUGCCGGCGAGUUGGGGAGGAGCGGGUUUGGUCAUGAACGUGGCCGUGGUGGUGGUGGCGGCGCUAGCAUGAUACCCAGAAGUCCCAAGGGCGGCGGCGGGGGCGGUGGCGGCUACCUCCAAGACGAGAUGCUGUUGUUGCUGGGGCGUGACGGGCUGUCGCCCUGGCAGGGCGAUAAUGGCAGUGUGAUGGUGGAGGAAGGCCAGGUCAACUCGGUUAUUGAGGGCGAGGGGAGGGUGAAGAGCGAGGAGGGCGAGCGUCGGCAUUGCUACCCUGCUCGCUCCGCGUCUCUCGUCAGGGAGAGGUCGGUGAAGAGCUUGAACUGAGACCGCUUCUUCGUCUCGUCAAGGAGUGUGGAGGCGAAUUGGAGGCGGGGGUGUUGUGGGCUGCGCAGCGACGGGGAGUGAGUUACAGUGGCUUCACACCGAGUGCGUUCGUCAGCCAGUCGC